UAUUAAUUAUUGUUACAGUUAUACGUUACCGUAAAAGUGUUAGAGUUAUUUCUACAUCACUAAGAGGUAGCAUAUUAUUUAGGUAUAAAAUACCCCAAAUGUAUAAACAAACAUGGAAUUAUCAUUUGGUGAAUUUAGCAGAGAAAAUAUACUGCAGUCAUUACAAGAGCGACACAUCAAUUUGCCGGAUGCAGAUCGCCUAGAUUUCGAAGAACUUUUGCGUAUAUAUAAAACAUUCAUGCUGCCUUUGGCAAAAAGAGAACGAAAAAGCAAAUUGAGCAGGUGCAAAGCGUUCCUUCAAAAUGAACAUACAGCUAAUUUUAAACAAAACAAUAUUAAACACAUACUUAGGAAUAGUUUCGUUGAAAUGGAUAUCGACGAAGAAGAAAAAACUUCUGAAGCGCAUGGGUCUGUGUCAAGGAGCAUCUCAUCAACGACAUCCAAGCCCAAUAAGUCACAUUCGUUGGAAUUGCAUCGCACUCAGGGAUGGUGGAGUGAUAAAGAUUACAAUGCAUUAGAAGCUUUUAAUAAGGCUAUUCAAGAAAUUCCAAAUAAACUAUGUCAUCGAUAUUCAAAUAGUAAUGAACCAUUUAACUCAUGCAGAAAAAGACAAAUUCCUAACGACGAAGUUAAUCUAAAUAUGAAUGAAUAUCUUUCCACGGUGACGAAAAGGAUCAGAAUAAUUAACACUUAAUUGUCACCACUAUAAAUGUGAUUUAAUCUAUUGUUAAAAUAUGAAAACAAAGCAUAUUCUAGUGCUGUUUACGGGUCUUUGAAAGUGGAGAUAUAAAACGGAGGAGCAUGGUGGCGAAAACACUAAAUGAUAAUUAGUUGGCGCUUAAUGAUUUGCAGUAUUAAGAUAAAUAUUUUUAUAAAAGUUCGAUUUAAUUUUUAAUACAAAACAAAAAAACUUCUCAUUUUA